AUGCAGUUCUCCACCGCCGUCAUCACCGCCAUUGCCAUGGCCCUCACCGUCACCGCCGCUCCUGGCACCGCUGCUCCGGUCAAGAGAACCCUCGACACGCUCACCUACGCUGAUGCACAGAACGUCUGCGGCCAGAACCUCAGCGUCAGCUGCUGCAACCAGGUCAGCGCCGACACCAAUGUCAACGACAACUCGGGAUCCGGAAUCCUCUCCGGCAUUCUGGGUGGCGUCCUCGGCAACGGCGGCUUGAAGCUUCUUGAUGGAUGCUCCUCCCUCGGAGCUGGAAUCGCCAACGACCUCUUGAACAGCAAGUGCAAGCAGAGUGUUGCCUGCUGCAAGUCCGAUGGCAACACCCCCUAUGCAGGCAUUGCCACGAGGACGCUCCCGCGAAUAUUGCGGGGUGCAGCGCGUGCGGAGGUCGGGACGAGCAAAAAUCCCGUCGCUAAGGAUAGUCGAGUCGAUCUCUCAGGAGAGGAGCACGCCUAUCUCCUAACAAUCGAUAGUUUGGAUCCCGAGACGGACUAUGAGACCAUAUGGCGUCUGACAUCAAGCUACCAGCUUUCUGACUUCGCCAACAACUUGAUCUACACCCUUACCUUCCCCAACUUUGUCAUUCCCCUACAUGGAGCGGAAGUAGUGUGGCGCUCUGACGGCGGCAAAGUCGUCCAUAAAGCCGUCGACAGAGUCGAGAAGACGGAGCACUACAAUAUGGCGUGGUGGUACUACGGUCCCAGUGAUCAACGUUGCCGAGAUGCCGUUGAGAGAAUCAAUCAGCUACACGCUGGGCUCGCGCGACAGUACCCUGGAAGAUUUUCCCACAACGAGGACUACGUCUACACCCUGACCUUCAGCGCCGUGUUGAUGCAUCGCCUGAGGAUACGGCUCGGUCUGUCAGGUUUCACGGAAAAGCAGCAGAUUGCUGCUCACCACUUCUGGCGGGACAUGGGUCCUCUGUUCAAAGUCGAAGGCAAAGGAACUGUGAAGGACUAUCCAGGAGAUUUUGAUGGAUGUAUAGCUUUCUGCGAGGCGUAUGAGAGUACACCUCGAGAGUACAACGAGAAAUCUCGAUACAUCGGUUUAUCCAUCUUCAAUCUCUUUGCUUACCGCUAUUUCCCACCGGGCCUGCGAUGGUUCGGCAUGGCGUUCCCUCGAGCGCUUUCUCUGCCUACGACACUGAGCGCUUUUCGCAUCGAGCCGGCCAACCCCUUACUGGCAGCCAUAAUCAUCUUCAUCGUGAGAACAGUGUUCCUCGUCACGGAGAUCUUGCUGCCCGAUCCCAAAAUUCCAUUCUUCGAAAGAUUGGAGACACUGCCAGAGAUGGAGGCACAAAAGCGGAAAGAGGAGAUAAGGGCCUUGGACAAGUCCUAUGAGCAAUUCAUCAUGUCUCAGUUGAGCGGUCCAGGCUGUCCGUUUAGCGCAAAGAUGCAAUAG